CUUCAGUGACACACCAUCAAAAAGGAAAGUUUGAUUUAUUACCCAUGCAGAUAAAUACACACAUGGGAGUCAUCAUUAUUAACUGUCAUAUUCAGCUUCCAUUUCUACCAUUCACAUUGGGGGGCUGAUUUUCUACAGGCAUCACCUACCGGUUUAGGUGGACACGCAGUACUGUACUUCCUUGAGGUCGCACCUGAUCUGAUCGGGUGUAUACACAGAAGGCAGAGGGCAAAAAGACUGAUUAGAGAGGCCGGAGGGACAGAGGGCGUGACCCUAAUCUUAAUCAUUCUUCACUUCCUUUUUCUUUCACAAGAUGAUUUGGCAAGGUCCACCACAUCAGCAGCAGGAGCUGAGACGCUUUCUCAGUGGCAUCAUCUUGCGUCCUGCACGUUUGUGGCUGCCGUGGACAUAUUAGCAACGGGUGUUUUCAGCUCCCAGUCGCCCAGCGUUGCCCCGGCGUUUGGAAAUCAUCUGGAAAGUAUUUUAGCCCCAAGUGCUCUGAUUCAGAAGUUAGCUGGUUGUUCUCUUGUGCUUUGGACAUUCGCGCCCUCGUCUAAUCCUGGCCCAGGUGCAAGACAAGGGCUAAGGAAGGGCUAGGUGCCCAGAAGUGGGUGAAUGAUAAAGGCACCCCAGUGAUGAAUUGAGAGAUUGAACCUACCAACCAAGCGCAAAGUAGAAACUGAAAGUACACCGCCGGCUGAUCCUACGGAAGUUAUGGAAAAGGCAAAGCGCUGAGCCGGGCGGUGGUGUGUGCCGCCCCCCUUGGGAUGGAUGAAACAGCAGGCGCGGCGCGGGUGAGAGGAACCAGCUGCGGAGUCCGCCCUGCCCGGAACCGACUCCAGGCAACUCCUCGUAAGAACAGGGUCCUGGGAGUGACUAUGGGCCGUGAGAGCUCGCUCCUGCUGCAGUUGCUGUCAUCAUGACUACGCCCGCCUCCCGCAGACCAUGUUCCAUGUUUCUUUCAGGUAUAUUUUUGGAAUUCCUCCCCUGAUCCUUGUUCUGUUGCCAGGAGCAUCAUCAGAUUGUGAUAUUGACGGUAAAAGUGACAAAGUCUUUGGAAAUAUUCUCAUGGUCAGCUUCAAUGCAUUGGACAGCAUGAGAGAUAUUUGUAGCAAUUGCCAGCAAAAUGCAUCUAACUUUUUUAAAAAAAAUUCAUGUGAUGAUAAUAAGGAAGUUAAGUUUCUAUAUCGGGCUGUUCGCAAGUUGAAGCAAUGCAAUAAAACGAAUAACAGUGAAGAAUUCAAUGACCAAGCAGAAAGAAUUUCAAAAACCACGUUAAUACUGUUGAACUGCACCAGCAAGGUUAAAGAAAGAAAACCACCUACACUGCAUAAAGUCCAACCUACAAAGACUUUGGAAGAGAAGAAACUUUUAAAGGAACAGAAAAAACAGGAUGACUCUCCAUGUUUUGUAAAAAGAUUACUAGAUGAGAUAAAAACUUGUUGGAAUAAAAUUUUGAGAGGUGCUAAAAAACACUGAAAAACAUACAGUGGCAAAUCUAGAAACAUGAACUAUAGUGGGAUUCUCCAAGAAUCUAUUCAUUUGUGCAGUUUUGGGGAGCAGAGUGUCUCCUAGAAGUUACUGAAUGUAUCCUCAAAAAAAGAUGGAUUAGAAUAGCUAAACGUCAUAACGUAGUAUUAGAUGGACACAGUGGAAACUGAACGCUGAAGCUAUUUGAUAUGUAUGUGGAUGAAUAUGUACUGGUAGUAAUUCUGUACUGAUUUUUGUAAGACGAUUCAUGUAAAGUAUAGUUGCACUACGUUUUAAGCCACUUUAAAUAUAUCAGAAGACAUUAAGUAUAUGAAUAUGUAAAGAUUACCAGGAUUCAAAAUUAACAUUGCUUUAUUAUCGAAACAAUUUUAUGGCUA